CUUCGUCCGGGAUAUGUCUUGGGUCCUGCCGUUAACUGAAGGGGCACUUAUAACUUAACGGCAGUCCUGUCCGAGACUGGAUCCAGUUGUGAGGUGGGAUUUUGUCUUCUCAGCUUUUUUUUUUUUUUCGUGUUGGAGAGGGUGAUGGGUGGGUGAUGGCAAGAUGAGUGAAUUACAGGCAUCAAGGGGGAUAGUGAUGGGUGAACCUUGAGGGUCAGUAAUGGGGAGGGAGAUGGAGAGACGGUUAUAAAUAGGGGAUGUUGUUGGUUUUCGGUGAGAUAGGUGGCUUGACUUGAUUCAUUCUUUCUCUCUCUUGUUUAGCGUCAGAUAGCGGUUUAUUUGCGACUUGUCAUUUUGGCACUUGAGCCGAAUUGCAGUUUGAGCUGUGCAACACACCCGACCCUUGCUGUCUAUCACGUCAACGACAAUCUUCCCGAGGGGGCUCCGAAGACUGCUCUUUUCCAAAGAGAUCUAGAUCGCGCACUGCAUUUGCUGCUCAGCUGCAGGUCACCCGCCCUAGCGACGCCGACAGCAGCCGAGACUCCAGCUCGGUAUAAGAACCAAUGGCACCCUCCCGCCUCAGCGACAUUGCAGACAUUGUGCUGCCAACGACCAAGUCUACCAGCGCAACUGAUACUGUCACCACUCGCUCAGACACUCCCGCCUCGAGCGUUGGCUCUCGCACUUUCGGCAGAAGCAUCAUGAACACAUCGUUGAUCGAGAGCAAGUUCCUCAGCCAUCCCGAGGAUUUGGGGGUGGUGGCUGUUGGUUUCUCGGGGGGUCAGUGCAAACCAGGAGUUGACGCUGCGCCAUCAGCGCUCAUCGAAGCCGGCCUCCUCACCCAGAUCCGCGACGAGCUCGGCUACAACCUCCACGGCCAUGACACAGUCCACCUCUACACCGACCUUGUGCCUAAGCAGGACCCCGACUACCGCAACAUGAAGAAUCCCCGCGCCGUCUCUGCCGUGACAAAGAAGAUCGCCGAUCAGGUGUACAACCAGGCCAAGGAGGGGAGACUGGUCUUGACUCUGGGUGGUGAUCACAGUAUUGCCAUCGGCACCAUUGGUGGUUCGGCCAAGGCUAUCAGGGAAAGGCUGGGCAGAGAGAUCGCCGUCAUCUGGGUGGACGCGCACGCCGAUAUCAACACCCCCGAGACCAGCGGCAGUGGUAACAUCCACGGCAUGCCUGUUAGCUUCUUGACCGGGUUGGCCAAGGAAGACAAGGAGGAUAUCUUUGGGUGGAUCAAGGAUGAGAACAGGAUCAGCGUCAAGAAGAUCGUGUACAUUGGUCUGAGAGAUGUUGAUCCCGGCGAGAAGAGGAUCUUGAGGGAGAAUGGGAUCAAGGCGUUUAGCAUGUUUGACAUUGACAGACAUGGCAUCGGCCGCGUGAUGGAGAUGGCUCUCGGCCACAUUGGCAGCGAUACCCCGAUCCAUCUGUCGUUCGACGUGGAUGCGCUUGACCCCAUGUGGGCGCCAUCGACCGGCACCCCUGUCCGUGGAGGCUUGACGCUGCGCGAGGGUGACUACAUCUGCGAGUGUGUGCACCAGACGGGCAGCUUGGUGGCUGUUGACUUGGUGGAAGUCAACCCCAGCCUGGCACCUGCUGAAGACAUCGGGGCUCACGAGACGGUUAGGGCCGGUUGCUCCCUUGUUCGGUGCGCGCUCGGCGAGUCUCUUCUGUAGGCCUGUUUGCGGUCUCUUGGUCAUUUUGAUAUUAGAAGGUAUGGCAGCAUCAUGGGUACAUAAUUUCUGUUCCUCCUUUCGUUUUCAAGUUGUGUUUGGGCUGGGUAGGAGCACGCGUUUUGGUUUCCUUGUAGUUAGUACAGGCAUGAAUAGAGGGAAGGCAUCCAUCCCACCACUUGAAAUGUCCAUUUUUAGCAGCAG